AUGCGCGCCGCGCGAUCCGAGGACGACAAGCUCACGAAGCAGCUCAACGACGAGGUGAAAUCCUACGAGGAGGCCGUCAAGUCCAUCAAGAAGGCCCUCGCGACGUCCGGCGGCACGCCGCUGACGCCCGCGCGCAAGGCGGAGCUCGCGACGCUGCUCAAGGCCUACGAGAAGCGCCUCGCGAACGUCAAGGAGGCGGCGCGCGCCCUGGCCGCCGUCAAGCCGCCGCUGCCCAAGACGACGCCCGAGGAGGACGACGCCUGCGCGAUCCUCUGGGUCAAGCUCAUCGGCAAGAAGACGGACAAGCCGCCGAUCAUGCAUCUUGAAGGGCAAGAAUCACAAAGAGAGCCGCUAAGCACGAUGGGCGCCCGCCGGUGGGGCCGCCUCCUCGCCUUCUGCGCCGGCGCCCUGGCCCCGCGCCUCGCCCGGACGUCCGUCGCGGAGACGACGGUCUUCGAGGUGACGACGGUGCGCGGCGCCGGCGCCCUCGCGGCGCCCGUGCUCGUCGACGUCGACGCGGGCUGCCUCGACGGCGCGGGCAUCGCGCGGCGCUUCGGGGACCGCUGCGUGACCCUCGAGGCCGACGCGUUGGCGACCUGCGCGGCGCUGGCGAACUGCGUCGCCGUCCAGUGCCUGCCCGCCGCGGCCUUUUCGGACCUGCCGGACCGCGUGGGACUCGACGCCGCGGGCGCCGCCGUCGGCGCGUCGGCCGCGACGCUCGCCCUCGCGGCGGCGGCGGCGGCGGGGGACCCGGCGGGCGUCGCGCGCGAGCUGCACCGCGGCGGCGACGUGACCGCCGGCGACGCGACCCGCGGGCGCACGCCGCUCAUGGCGGCCGCGAAUUCCGGCGACCUCGCGACGGUCGACGCGCUCCUGGCCGCGGGCGCGUCGACCCUCGCCGUCGACUUCCAGGGCCUCAACGCCAUGGACUUUGCCGUGAACAACCUCUACGCGACGACGCAGGGCGGCCAGCGCGGCCGCGCGCCGCCGCCGCGGGACCCGGGGCAGGAAAAGGGUGCGAAAUUCCCAACUUCAAAGGCUCCUCUCUCGGCCGUUUCCCACUCGCGGGACCGCGUCGACGGCGCGGCGAACGAGGACGACGUCGAGCGCGCGAUCUGGAAGGCGCUCAAGCGGGCGCGCCAGCGCGAGGAGAUCCUGCGGGACCGGAACGACGCGCCCGUGACCGGCGGCGCGGCGUCGGCCGACGCGCGGUACCGGGCCGCGGCGGCGCGCGACGGCGAGGUCCGGCGGUCCGCGCGCCGCGCGGCCGCGCUCCUCGACGACGGCGUCGACGGCCGCGUCUGCGUCUUCGCCGCGUCCCACGAGACGCUCGCGCCGGGCGCCGGCGACCACGCGCUCUGCGACCCGAACGCGACGCUCGUGGCCGUCGGCGACGCGCGCCGGGGCAAGCCCGCGCGCGCGUGCGAGCACCACCUCCUCACCGUGACGGCGGCGAAGGACGCCCUCGACUUCCGGGCGCUCCCCGGCGCCGCGAGCCGGGCGAUCACGGACGCCGCGCGCGAGCGGACGACCGCGCUCGUCUACGACGCCGCGGCGCCGGCGCCCGAGUGGGCGCGGCGGCUCGCGGACCUCGGCCGCGGCGAGCUCCGGCGGCCCGGCGACCUCGGCGCCCCGCGCGCCCUCGCCGUCGUGCCCGGCGCGGCGCUCCAGACCUGCGCGCCGGCGUGCAAGUCGAAGGCCGUCCGCGACGCGACGGCGACGUGGGACGCGGACGCGCUCAUCGUCGACGAGUCCGACGGGAGCCUCGUGGGCCACGGCAACUACAACUGGAGCCGCGCGACGGCCGGGCCCGGCGCGGGGACGUGGAAGGGCGCGAAGUCGGACCACGCGGGCCGCGCGGACUGGCUCGCGGGCGUCGGCUCCGAGGACGGCGGCGCCAUCCCCCUCGAGGCACCCCUCCUCCCGCCCUUCCCCUGGGGCUCCUAA